UACACGCAUUUUUAAUUUACGCUUUCAUUAUCAACAAAACAUGGCGGAAAACGAAACCAUUUUGAAAAAAUGACGUUUCUUCUAAUUUUUUUUCAAGUUUUAUUAACUUCUACGAUUGUUUUGUGUUUUCCAAUUGAUAAUUUAAACGUCUCAAGAUCAGAAAUAAAGCAUGGUGAACUACUCCCACCUGAUCAUAUUCCUGGGGCACACUUAGAACAAGAUGGUGAUGUAAAUAAAGAAUUUCAUCACGAGGCUUUCUUAGGUACAUUAAUAAAAGAGGGACAACUGGUUUGGGAAAACCUAGCUGGGUAUAAAAAGCUUAUUGAUAUAUUCCACAAAGUUGAUAUAGAUAACAAUCACAGAAUUGAUCGCAUAGAGCUUAAAAACUGGAUCCAUGACAGAAUCCUAGAGCAUUACAAUGCAGCUAAAAACGAAAGUGAUCAAGUGUUUCGUAGAGUUGAUCAUAACCGCGAUGGAUAUGUGUUUUGGCCGGAAUACAAGGCUCAACUGCUAGGGUUGGAUCCAAAAAAAUAUGAAGAUGAUAACACGACAAUUGUUGAAGACAAGACCGGUGACUUCUCGAAAGAGCUUAAGCACUGGAUAAGUGCUGACAGUAACAAAGAUAAUAAGUUAGAUGAACACGAAUUUCUCGCUUUUCGCCAUCCUGAGCAUAACAAGAUAACUAUUAAAUUAAUGGCAGAUGAGAUGUUACAUGAUUUGGACAAAAAUACUGACUCGAGGAUUACAUUGGAUGAAUUUACUGCCUUACCAGCUGGGGAGGUCGAUGAGGAGGACGCCGAAUUGGAUAAAGAAUAUCAGCAGGAACGUGCUGAAGAGUUCAAGAACGAUAUGGAUAUUAACGCUGAUGGCGUGGUAACACGUGACGAGCUUUUGUCGUUCCUAGACCCUCGACAUACGCAACACGCUGCGAAGGAAUCAGAUUAUUUGAUACGUACCUCUGAUCGUGAUCGAGACGGGCGUAUUAGCGAGCACGAAAUGUUAAUGAACUAUGCAGUGUUCACUGGAAGUAGUUUUAACAGUUACGCACAAAUAUUGCACGAUGAAUUUUAGUGCCUUUGAAUGACUUAAAUUUAGAAAACACUGCAGAUACCAAUCGCUUAUAGAAAAGAGGUUCGCACCUUUUUAAAUCGUAUUUUCUACGUUUAAAGUAUGACGCACUCACAUAUCCUAUCACUGAAAUGAUCACGUCGCGUUUUAAAGAUUCCUCGUCAUUUCGUAAAAGUUAUUUAUUUUAGUCAUUGUAAAUAUGUUAUCAAUUUUAAAUAAUUUUCAAGAACGAGAAAAGAAAUCAGCAUUGCUUUCUUAAA